GUCUGUUUGAACACAUGUCCUUGUGUUGUGACUCAUAUUGCUGACUUGUAUCAAAAGUAUUGGCUGUCUUUGACACAGUACCCUCAUACACUACUCUGCUAAUAUGGGUGAUGCAACUCUGCGGAAUCGGGAACAAAUGUAUAGGAUGGUGAUCAGUCAGCUGUUAUAUGAUGGUUAUGAAACACUGGCUGUAAAUCUUGGUAAAACAGUGAAUACAAGUCUGGAUUGUCCACCUUCUAAUAAACUAAUGAGAAUAACACAGCUUGGAUUGCAAUUAGAUUCUGAACAUCAAGAGACUCGCAGUGUAAUAGAUACAGUUGCCCCAGGUAUCGGGAUUGAUUUGGAAUUUGAUACAGAUGUGCAAACAAUAGCUCCAGAAGCUGCUCUGUAUGAGACGUGCUAUGUGACAGCACAUAAGGGGCCUUGUAGGGCAGCUGCAUGGAACAGAGAUGGUAAUCUAGUCGCUACCGGUUCUGAUGAUGCUUCUAUUAAAGUAUUGGAUGUAGAGAGAAUGCUUGCGAAGAGUGCUACACCGGCGGCCAUUUUAGCCAGCGAGACUGCCCAACAAAACAUGGAGAACCACCCGGUUAUUCGAACUCUGUAUGACCACAUUGAGGAAGUCACUUGUUUGGAUUUCCAUCCCAGUAUUCAGAUUUUAGCAUCAGGAAGUAAAGAUUACUCCGUCAAAUUGUUUGAUUUCUCCAAACCAUCUGUCAAGCGAGCGUUUAAAAGUAUACAGGAAGCGGAGACUGUGAGAUGUCUAUCAUUCCAUCCUUCCGGGGACUUCCUUUUGGUUGGAACUCAGCAUCCCACAUUACGCCUGUAUGAUGUGAACACAUGUCAGUGCUAUGUAGCAAGUAAUCCUGAUGAACAACAUACUGCGCCUGUUACUGCUGUUCAAUUCUGCCCAAAUGCCAAUAUAUACGCUUCAUGUAGCAAAGACGGCACUAUUAAAAUCUGGGAUGGUGUUAGUAAUAAAUGCGUCAAUACUUUUAAGAAUGCACAUGACGGUAAUGAAGUAUGCUCAGUGACCUUUGCCAGAAAUUCAAAGUAUUUGUUGUCAAGUGGUAAAGAUUCCCUUGUGAAACUAUGGGAGAUAUCAACGAGUCGUAGUUUGAUCACGUACACAGGUGCAGGAUCUGGUAAACAGAAUCACAGAACACAAGCUGUGUUCAAUCAUUCUGAAGAUUAUGUUCUGUUUCCUGAUGAAAAAACAACUAGUUUAUGUUGUUGGGAUUCCAGGAAUGCUGAGAGACAAAAACUCCUUUCACUUGGUCAUAAUAAUGUAGUACGCUGUAUAGUUCAUUCACCUACCAGUCCUGGUUUCAUCACGUGUAGCGACGAUUUCAGAGCAAGGUUCUGGUACCGACGAUCAAACACUGAUUAGUUUACAAGCAGUUAACUGUGUACCUUGUUACAGUGACUAGAUAUUGGUUUAUACCAUUUGAAAUCAAGGAUCUGAUCACAUGACCACCUAAGAAGACCUUUUUCCUCCCGACUCGUGGAGAG